GUGUGUGUGUGUGUGUGUGUGUGUGUCCUCGGUGCAGAUUUGGGAGCUGCUUCAUGUCAUGACACAAGUGGUCGCUCUCACCGCCACCGGAACUCCGAUGUCCACGACUCUUCUCCGAGCUUUGAGUUUGAUCACAUGAAAUAUGCGAUGUUCUCAGGGCAGCCCGUUUCUUUUUCUGCUACACUUGGUUUUCAUUGUGGCAGCCGGCCACAAAGUGCUCUCCGACUCUGGAAGAUUUCUCUCCCUGUUUGCAGAACAAGGUCAGUUGCCAGAGUCGGAUCUGUCUGUUGUCCAUCCGGUGAGGAUCAGCUGUGAUGGACGCUUCAUCUCCCACUCUGUGUCUCAUCACUUUGGGGGUGGGAGAGUCAGGCGUGACCUCCAACCCCCCAGUGUGGAGGGAGAGGUUUACUACAGAGUCAACUACAAGAAUCACACUUUAAUGUUCAAUCUGACUGCAAAUAACCUCCUGCUGUCAGAUGACUACAUCCUGGAGAGGAGGACCAGCACUGCCAACAGGACUGCGCAUGGUUCCAGUGGCAGAAGCUCCUGCCACCUCCUCGGAACCGUGUCAGCUUCUGAUGUGAGAGGAACCGCUGCCAUCAGCACCUGUAAUGGGCUGAGAGGAUUCUUUGCCUUGCCCGAGGGACAUUACUUUAUCGAGCCAAUCCAGAAAGCGCCUGGUAAUCUUGCAGAGACUCCAGAGCCACAUAUCGUUUACCCUAGACUCACUCCCGGAAGUCAAAGAACUAAACGCAGCCCUGAGGCCAAAGACUCGCCCGGCCCCUGUGGAGUUCAAGAUACUCCCAAAGACUGGGCCAUGGUGGAGAGAGAGAGGGAGGAAUGGGAGAGGGAGCAUCAGAGGGGGAAGGCUCCUUCCCGCUCCCAGCGUUCGGUCAGCAGGGAGCGCUGGGUGGAGACCAUGGUGGUGGCUGACUCCAAACUUAUCGAAUACCACGGCAGCGACAAUGUGGAGUCCUACAUUUUCACAAUAAUGAACAUGGUUGCUGGGAUCUUUCAUGAUGCCAGUAUUGGAAACGCCAUCCACAUCAUCUUGGUUCGCCUCAUUCUACUACAUGGAGAAGAGAAAGAGUUGAAAAUUGUUCAUCAUGCAGACACCACUUUGGCCAGUUUCUGUGCCUGGCAGAAAAACCUGAAUCCCCAAAGUGACACUCACCCAGCUCAUCAUGACCUGGCUGUUCUGGUCACCAGGAAGGACAUCUGUGCUGGGAUGAAUCACCCCUGUGAGACACUGGGUCUGUCCCAUCUGUCUGGAAUGUGCCAACCACACCGCAGCUGUAAUAUCAACGAGGAUUCAGGCCUACCUGUCGCCUUCACCAUUGCUCAUGAAAUGGGUCACAGCUUUGGAAUCCAUCAUGACGGCCAGGGGAAUGACUGCGAGCUGGAGGGAAGGCACCCGUUCAUCAUGUCCAGACAGCUGAUGUAUGACAGCUCCCCGCUCACAUGGUCACCCUGCUCCAAGGACUAUAUCACCCGCUUCCUUGACCGUGGUUGGGGUUCCUGUUUGGAUGACCGUCCAUCUAAGAGAGACCUCACCACCCCAUUGGCACGACUCGGCAUCCGCUAUACCACACACCACCAGUGCCAGCUCCAGUACGGCGCAGAUGCUACUUUCUGCACCGAGGUGGAUAAUGUUUGCCAGAUUCUGUGGUGUUCAGUGAAUGGUUCCUGUCGUUCCAAACUUGACUCGCCUAUAGACGGCACUCGCUGUGGACCAGAGAAGUGGUGCAUCUCAGGAGAGUGUGUGAUUGUGGGGAAGCUGCCAGAAACCGUGAAUGGAGGUUGGGGUCAGUGGAGUACGUGGUCUCACUGCUCUCGGACCUGUGGAACUGGAGUUCAGGUUGCAGAGAGGGAGUGUAACAGCCCAAAACCCGAGUUUGGGGGCAAGUAUUGCACGGGAGAAAGGAAGCGCUAUCGCACUUGUAACACAAAACCUUGCCAGAUAAAUAAACCAGCGUUCAGAGAGAUGCUGUGCAGCGAGUUUGACACCGUGCCCUACCACAAUGAGCUCUACCAGUGGAUUCCUGUGGUUAAUCACAUACAUCCAUGUGAGCUGCACUGUCGACCUGUCGGCGAGAAUUUUUCGGAGAAGAUGCUUGACACCGUGACAGAUGGAACGCCGUGCUACAUGAACAACAAGUCCAGAAACAUCUGCGUCAAUGGAGUGUGCAAGGAGGUGGGAUGUGACUAUGGAAUCGACUCGAACGCAGAGGAGGAUCGCUGUGGAGUCUGUCUGGGGGAUGGCACAAGCUGUGAGACGGUCUAUAAGAGUUUUGAUGGGGGAGAAGGAUUUGGCUACGUGGACGUGGGUGUGAUACCUGAGGGCGCGCGGGACAUCCUGGUGCAGGAAGUGGAGGAGACGGGUAACUUUCUAGCUUUGAGGAAGGAGAGGUCAGAGGACUACUUCCUCAAUGGCAACUACAUCAUCCAGUGGAACGGGGAGUACGAGGCAGGUGGAACAAUGUUCUACUACGAGCGCAGCGGGAACAUGGAGAACCUCACUGCUCCUGGACCCACUACAGAGCCAGUCAUGAUUCAGUUGCUGUAUCAAGAGAAGAAUCCAGGUAUAAAGUAUGAGUACAACAUCAAGAAGCACAGAGACAUGGAAAACGAGGUUCUCCAACCUGUUUAUAGCUGGCGACAUGGUGCAUGGACAGACUGCAGCACCACCUGUGGCCUAGGUGAGCAGAAUCAGCCAGUGCGGUGUUUCGAGAUGGAUACGGGCGUGGUGGAUGAGUCUCUGUGUGAUGCAGAGAGCCGUCCAGAAGACAGACACCGCAGAUGCAAGAAUAUGGAUUGUCCUGCCAGGUGGUGGGUGGGAGGUUGGCAGCAGUGUUCAGCCACCUGUGGUUCAGCCGGAGUGCGCAAGCGGACUGUGCUGUGCGUGCGUACAGUUGCAGGAGAGGAGAGGGUUCUGCACCCUGUGGAGUGCAAGCAUCUCCUUAAACCCAAACCUGUGGUGCCAUGCAACAGAGACAUCCCCUGUGGACAGGACUGGGCUGUAGGUAACUGGGAAGAGUGUCCUGUUACAUGUGGAGGAGGCGUACGCUCACGGACAGUUACAUGUGCAUUAACUCCCCAAAAAACCUGCGAUCUUGCUACUAAACCUCGUUCCAGAUCCCUGUGUGCCCUGCAGAACUGUCCUAAUUCAAGUCUUCGUAGACGUCUCUUGCCUUUCCCUAAAUAUCGCCGCAUUUACCCACCAAAGAGCCACCCUACCAAGAGUCCUGCUCCACCUACCUGGGUACCCAUGAGCAGCACAGCCACAGUUACACCUACAGUCACUGACUAUGUGAGGAAGAAAACGACCAACAAAGAAAUUACAACCACAUUCAUCCCAACAACUACAUCCCCCAUGACUACAGCCCCUAUAAUCUCAGAAACAAAAGACGAGUUCAACGCCACAAUAAGAAAAAGUAUGGGUGCAGAAAAUAAGGGAGGAGUUUCUUUCCCUACUGAAGCCACCUCUGCUGAAAAGGACAAAAAGCUGACUGAUGUGGGAACAGUAGAAGAGAAGGAAGAGAGAGAAGAUGGAAGUACACCAAAUAUGGAGAUGUACACGCCAGGAUAUGAUUAUGUUGUUGAGGACAGGACAACAAUGGAGGGGGGCAUUAUUGAUCUGGAUGUUGUUAGCACACCUACACCAUUCAGAAGUUCCUUUAAACUGCCCACCACCUCAGCAGCACCGCAUAUAUUCAUCAGUCACAUUUUAAGUCCAUACACUAUGCAAACAACCAGAACACCCAUAACAACCUCCCACUCCACCGUGCACACUACUACUGGAAUACUGGCCAAGACCACACACCAGUAUCCCUUCUCCAAACCUCACACCACCCUACAUGUAAAUUCUUACAGUCACUGGACACAAAGAGUUCUCCACACCACUCCCAACAGGAAGUCAGUUCAGUGGAAAAGUCACUACACAACACGGGUCCCAACCUCAACUGUGAAACAACCAUUCAGUGCCACAGCAUCACCCCAGCGACCCACAGUGAAGAUAAUCAAACUGAAAAAGCCAGACCAGAAAUCAAAGAAAAGUACCUCUUCCUCACGUCCUAAAAAGCCUCUUUUGCACUCAAAAGGCAACCACACCGAGAGCCACAACCAGCAACCAGAUAGUCCCAUGACCAGUUCCACCAGUGACAAGAGCAACCUGAUGGCGAGAGAACCUGUCAGCAUGGACGUGUUCUGGGUUGUAGGAAACUGGAGUGAGUGCUCAACCUCAUGUGGGAUUGGUGCAGUAUGGAGGACGAUAGCAUGCAGCUCCCAGAAUGAUGACGACUGUGCCAGCCUGAAGAGACCUGAGCCUGCUCGCACGUGUCACCUGCAGCCCUGCGCCACAUGGCAAAGUGGCAGCUGGAGCAAGUGUCCAGACAACUGUGCAGUGAUGGGAAGGAGGUAUCGCGAUGUCCAGUGUGUUGAUUCGCAGAGUAAACGUCCACUUCGACCUUUCCACUGCCAGGCUGUGGCCAGCAGACCCCUCAGCACCUUGUCAUGUCUGCACAAACCUUGUCUGACCUGGAAAACGUCACCAUGGGGACUGUGCUCUGGUAUCUGUGGUGAAGGCAUCAGGGAGCGACUGGUUUUCUGCCCUCAACCUCAUCAAUGCAGCGAGCUGCAGAGGCCAAACACCACAGAGCCGUGCAAACUAAAACCCUGCACUCACUGGGAGGCUGAAGACUGGGAAGAGUGUUCAGUGAGCUGUGGAGGGGGCCAGCAGCAGCGUGACGUCAACUGCAUGAGUAAGGAGGAUUUGGCUGUAAUGCCAAGCAUCCUGUGUGACAGUAGUUCGAAGCCAGAAACACUCAGGAAGUGCAAUAUGGAUAAAUGCAAGACCAGCACAGGUCUAGUAUGCAAGAGGAACACCAUGUCUUCUCGCUUUUGUGGCAAGCUGAAGCUGCUGGGUCGCUGCUCUCUUCGGUCAGUCCAGAGACAGUGUUGUGUCACCUGUGGACCAUAACCAGCAUUCAGCCCAACCAUAAUCCUGUAUGCAGCCAUGUUAGGCUCAGAGUGAUGUAUCGGUACCAAAGAGCUAAAAAGCACAAGACAUUCUCAGCUUAAACUAUUUUCUUUGUUAUUUUAGUCUUUGUGAGUUUGUCAUUUCUCAAAGAAUAAUAAUUUGCUAGUAACACUGCAGUUAAUGAAUCAAAGGACAGAAGAAGAGCCCUAGACACAUAAAUAUACCUUUAGACCAUUACAAUUAUUAAAGUAUCGUUUGUGGUAUCAUGGGCAAGCUCCAUGCAAGAAUAUAUUUUCUGUCUAAAAAACUGCCCAGUUACUGGUGUUUGAGUGCAAUGAUUCAGUCAAAAGUCCCUGCAAUUAAUCAGUCAGUAAAUGAGUCAAUGGAUCUGCAAAAUGUCCAGAAGUAACUGCAUAGAAACUACGGCAUAUUCAGGUCUGAAAUUUUGGGUCCUGAUAGAUACAGGUAGCAGUGGAGGUACAGGUAUAGAUACAGGACCAAUGAACCAUCUAUUUGGGUCAUGUUGGCAUCUUUUGUAAUUGACUAAAAUAAAAUUACUCAUUUCAACAAAUGUCAACAAAUAUCAAUGCUGCAUUCAUGUGUUGGUUGUACAUAUUCCAUUGUUUUCAAUGUGACGACAACAGAAUGUUCCACCACCGCUGGCUGUGUGUGCACACCACUUGCUGACAAAAGUUUGAAAAUUUACAUUUUUUUCCACGUAUUGUAAUGGUAAAUACAAACAGAUUUUUUUUUGUUGUUUUGUUUUGUUUGUUUUUUAACAAUAAGGAAAGGCGGGCAAUGAGAUAUACACUUGUUAAUUAACAAGUGUAAUUUGUGUGUUCUUAUAAAAAGUUGACAUUUUAGGCAACUACCAGAGCCAGAGCUUUCUGUUUAAUUAUAAUGUUGUGGAAAACACAAAGCAGGGAGGUGACAGUGGACAGUAGGCAUUCCCAAACCGAGCAUCAAAAAGAUCCAGUUGAGGUGGUUUGGGUAUUUGGUGAGGAUACCCCUAGUUGUCUUCCAGGCAUGUCCAACUGGGAGGAGGCCCCAGUGAAGAAUCGGGACAUAUAUUUCCCAGCUGUCUUAGGAAUGCCUCAGGAACCCCAAGGAAGAGGCUGAGGACUUGGCUGGGAUGAGGAAAGUGUGAGAUCCUGAAGUGGCAGAAAAUGAAAAAAUUAAUUAUUAAGGUAGUUUUAGUCAUUUUAAUCUUUCUUACAAAAUUGAAGAUCUAAGACUUCUAAAUUAGCUUCUAAUGAUAUCUCAUGGCCCACCUGUACUACGGUCAUAGCCCAACAGGGGGCUGCAGCCCACGCUUUAGGAAUCACUAGUGUACAGGUUACAGCAGAAGGUUUGCAACUAGAGGUUCUUCGGUCUGAAUCCAUGUCAAACAGGAAAAUCACAUCGUUAAUCAAGUCCUUAAUUGCCAAGUUGCAGUCAGGCACCUCGCAUGGCAUCGCACUGACAUUAAUGUGUGAGUCUGUGAAUGUGAUGCAUCAUCAUAAAGCAUCUUCCUUGGAUGGAAAAGUGCAAAUAAAAUGCAGUCCAUUUAACUUUGAAAUCUCUGUAGCUUUCAAUUAAGCAAAUUAUUGCCAUGUUGUUAAGCAAAUUAUUCCCAAUGAAGAUAAAAGACACACAAAGACCAUGUCUUAUGUUAUCACCUACUGUCUGCUGCUGCAGGCAACAGUAAUUCUGCUACAACAGCUGGCAUGACAGGUUUUCUGCAGUCAACAUGCGAAUGCAGCAUUAGCAACAAGACCUAAUAAACAGCUUGAUAGGCCUGUCCAUCUUUGUUUUAUGUCAUGGUCUUUGUCAGUGUCGGUACGGCAAAAUAGUAGGUUCACAAUCCUUAUGUGUAUCUAUCAGAACUCAAAAUUUCAGAGCUGAAGAUGCAGCAGUUUAUACAAGUUACUCAGAAAUUUUGUAAACCCAUUUACUCUCUGACUGAGUGACUGACUCAUUAAUCCUGUGCUUGCUCUGCUAAUCACAGGGAAUAAUACAACCCCAAUUCCAAUGAAGUUGGGACGUUGUGUGAAAUGUAAAUAAAAACAGAAUACAAUGAUUUGCAAAUCCUCUUCAACCUAUAUUCAGUUG